UGUAGCAGAGCUCUGCCAACUAUUGGUCAUCGACCAAAUGUCAAAUGUCAACAAAUAUAACUCUGUUCUAUAUUGGCUAAAAUAGUAACUUUGUAUUUCCCCAGAUCUAUUUAGCGUAGUCAAGGUUUAUUUCUUUGGACGUGGAGAUUAUUGGUCGGGAAACUGUAAGGGCAUGGAGGAUAUUCCAUUGCGGGUCUCCAUGGAGGAUAGAACUUUCGAUCAUGACGAGAGUGACUAUCUUUUAAGCGCUACAGAAGAAGCAAACGUAGCAUUUCGAAGAGGACGCAGACGAAAAAGAAACACUGGAAUGGAAAGUUACCUCAACAAGCUCUACCGUUGCUGCCACAGGGCAAAGGAGCUAAAUUCACGAACAGUAUGGAUUGGCCACCAUUCGCAGCAGGCUAAGGAUACAGCAGAAUACUACCCACCAAAUGGAAUUCGUAACCAAAAAUAUAACUUUUUCACUUUUCUUCCAAUGGUCUUAUUUCAGCAAUUUAAAUUUUUCCUCAACCUCUACUUUCUCAUAAUGGCUAUUAGUCAAUUUAUUCCAGAAAUUAGAAUAGGAUAUUUAUAUACAUAUUGGGGUCCACUGUGUUUUGUAUUGUUGGUAACAACAAUCAGAGAAGCCAUUGAUGAUUUUCGCCGAGCUCAACGUGAUAAAGAAAUCAACUGUCGUCUGUAUAAAAAACUAGUGUCGUCAGGUUUCGAACUUAUUCCUAGUUCGAAAAUUAAAGUUGGCGAUCUUAUUUUUGUUGAUAAAGAUGAAAGAGUUCCUGCUGAUAUGGUUCUCUUAAGAACUACGGAAAAAUCUGGAUCAUGUUUCAUUCGAACGGAUCAAUUGGAUGGCGAAACAGAUUGGAAGUUGCGAUUGGCCGUGGCAGACACCCAAAAGUUGGCGUUUGAUACUGAUUUGUUCCAGUUAAACGCGUCCGUUUUUGCUGAAAAGCCUCAAAGAGAUAUUCACACUUUUAUUGGAACUUUCAAAAGGGUAUGUUUGAACGUUCAGAGUAUAAUGACUGUAUUUAAUGUGCUUGAUGUUUCUUGUUGCUUUCGGGGGAUGUUUCAUUUGAAAUGUAAUCAGAAUGAUGACCCACCCGUAGAAGACUCUUUGAACAUUGAGAACACGUUAUGGGCCAACACUGUUGUGGCGUCAGGAACAGCUCUAGGACUUGUUGUAUAUACCGGAAAGGAAACAAGAAGUUCCAUGAACAAUUCACAGCCCAGGAGUAAGGUUGGACUGUUAGAUCUUGAAGUAAACCAAUUAACUAAGAUUUUAUUCCUUGCCGUUGUCGGACUUGCCUUGCUCAUGAUGUGCUUGAAAGGUUUCCAAGGCCCCUGGUAUCGAUACCUCUUCCGUUUCGUUUUACUUUUUUCCUACAUUAUUCCAAUUAGCUUACGCGUAAAUUUAGAUAUGGGUAAGGCGUUCUAUUCAUGGUCAAUCAUGAAGGACAAAGAAAUUCCUGGAACCGUGGUACGCUCAACGACCAUACCGGAGGAAUUGGGACGAAUUUCGUAUCUUCUUUCAGACAAAACUGGAACUUUAACAGAAAAUGAGAUGGUAUUUAGGAAAUUACAUUUGGGGACGACCGCGUAUGGCACCGAAACGUUUGACGAAAUUCGCACUCUUCUAGGCCAAGCAUUUAGCCAUACCAAUAGUUCUACGAGUAUAACACCUGGGCAACCAAGCAGUGGGAAGAUGCGCAGGACAGCGAUAACGCGAAUCGUCGAAGCGGCAAAAGCUAUCGGGCUCUGUCAUAAUGUUACACCUAUUGUCGACGGAAAUCAAUUGAUUGACAGCAAAAUUAACUAUCAAGCCUCUAGCCCGGACGAAAUAGCACUCGUAUCGUGGACAGAAAGUGUGGGCCUUACGCUAAUGGAACGCAACACGACGACCAUGACACUGAGAAACCCACAUGGUACACUAAUGAACUUUACUGUAUUGCAGAUAUUUCCUUUCACGUCUGAGACGAAGCGCAUGGGAAUCAUAAUCAGAGACGACCAGACAGGCGAAAUAGUAUUUUACAUGAAAGGAGCCGACACGGUGAUGAAUCGGAUUGUGCUGUAUAAUGACUGGCUCGAAGAGGAAUGUGGGAACAUGGCCAGAGAAGGAUUGAGGACGUUGGUGGUCGCCAAACGUCCGCUGACGGAUGAGCAGUAUUCUGAAUUCGAUUCUCGGUAUCAGGCAGCUAAAUUAGCAUUAACAGAUCGUGCUGCUCGCGUUGCAGCUGUGGUCGAAAGUUUAGAACGUGAUAUGGAGUUGUUAGCCGUAACUGGGGUCGAAGAUCGUUUACAACAAAAUGUGAAGCCAUCGCUUGAGCUUUUGCGAAAUGCAGGAAUUCGAAUAUGGAUGCUGACUGGGGACAAACUGGAGACUGCCAUUUGCAUUGCACAGAGUUCGCGCCUUGUCCCUCGUUCCCAAAGUAUUCAUGUCUUUGGUAACGUAACGUCGCGUACAGACACUCAUCAAGAAUUGAAUGCCUACCGUCGUAAAACCGAUUCCGCUCUCAUUAUUCGAGGAGAAUCGCUAGAGCUAUGUUUACAAUUUUACGAGCACGAAUUCAUGGAACUGGCUUGUGCUGCCCCAGCCGUUGUGUGUUGUCGUUGUACUCCGACUCAAAAGGCCUCAGUUGUGCGUUUAAUUCAGGAACAUACAGGGAAACGUACGGCUGCUGUAGGUGAUGGUGGCAAUGAUGUCUCCAUGAUUCAAGCGGCUGACACCGGCAUUGGAAUUGUUGGGAAAGAGGGCAAACAGGCAUCUCUGGCUGCGGAUUUCUCCAUUCCACAAUUCAGCCAUAUAGUUCGCCUAUUGUUGGUUCAUGGUAGAAGGUCCUACAAGCGAUCGGCCGCUCUGGCUCAAUUUGUUAUCCAUAGAGGAUUAAUCAUCUCAACGAUGCAGGCUGUCUUUUCUUCCGUGUUUUAUUUUGCAUCCGUCUCCCUCUACCAAGGCUUCUUGAUGGUCGGUUAUGCUACGGUUUAUACCAUGCUGCCCGUGUUCUCCCUAGUUUUGGAUAAAGACGUCUCCUCUAAAAUUGCCAUGACAUACCCAGAAUUAUACAAAGAACUCGCGAAAGGAAGAUCUUUAACCUACAAGACUUUCUUUCUUUGGGUUCUGAUAUCUAUCUAUCAAGGCGGUGUCAUCAUGUAUGGAGCUCUGUUAUUGUUCGACGAUGAGUUCAUUCAUAUUGUUGCCAUCAGCUUUUCAGCGUUGAUUCUCACUGAGCUCCUUAUGGUUACCCUAACAGCAAGGAAAUGGCAUGUAAUCAUGAUCCUUGGCGAACUUGUGUCACUUGCUCUCUACGUAGCUUCACUUGCGUUGUUCCACGAAUUCUUCGAUUCGCAGUUUAUCCAAACAGCCGAUUUUGUGUGGAAAGUUUGUGUUAUUACCGUGAUAUCCUGCUUGCCACUAUAUAUCUUGAAGUGUCUACAUAAGAAGUUCUCGCCGCCCAGCUAUUCAAAAUUAACCUAGUCAGAUGCGGUGCCUUUUCUUUUUCAAUCCUGCCUACUACCCUUGUAUUGUCGUCCGCAAACGUUUUUUAAGAAGGGACAUUCCAGGAAAAAUACGUUGGAAUGAAUACAAAUCCUAUACCAGUCA